AUGAACGAAAUCCUUCUACUCUUUGUUGGAUGGUUUAUUCAAGCUAGUUUUGAAUUAUCAUGUAUACAAUGUACAAGUCCAAUUCGACACAGUGCACUAAAUCCAAAUAAUUCUUGUUUAGAUGGUACUUUAGAACCUUUGCCGUGUUUUUCAUCAAACAAUGGUUCCAAUCAUGCUUUCAAAAGUUGUAUGUCUGUUCUUUAUAGAAUGGGAUUUUCAAGAAAUGGAGGUAAUAAAACGUUUUUGUAA